AUGUCAGCUAAUUUACAAACUAAACUAGAUAAUGCUUUAAAUGACAUAUUAAAAAGUGCUGGUUAUAUAUUUGAAAUCAUCAACAAUAAUAAAAAACAAAGUAAUUUAAUAACAGGUCCUAAUAAUCAAUUAAUUCAACAAAAUAUAAUACAACAAUUAACAAAUAAUAUAAAUAAAUUUGACGAUAUACUAGAUGAAACGGUAAGUAAAUUCAAUGAUGCUAAAUGGUGUAUUGCUACUAUGGUAGAGAAUAAACAGAAACAACAAGAGCUAAAGAUUAAAGAAGAAUUGGAGAGACAAAAAAGAGAAGCUGAAGCAAAGAGAUUGAAAGAAGAAAUGGAAGCUAAAAGAAAAGCUGAAGAAGCUGAAGCUAGAAGAUUAGCUGAAAUAAAAGCAAAACAAGAAGCUAAAGCUGAAACUGAAGCUAAAGAAAGAGCAGAGAGAGAAAAACAAAUGAAAGCAGACGAAGAAGCAAGAAGAUUGAAAGAAGAAGAAGAAAGGAAACUACAACAAGCACAACAACAACAACAACAACAACAACAACAACAGCAACAACAGCAACAACAAGAAGAAGAAAAGAAUUACGAUUUUAAUGAUUUUAUGGGUUUCGAUUUAAAUGAAAUACCUGAUGCUAACGAUAAUAAUAACAACAAUAAUUUUAACCCCGAUGAUGAUUUGGAUAUGAAUAAUUUAUUAGGUAAUGAAGAGCUGAUAUUAGAUGGAUUAAAUAUGACAUUAUUAGAUUCUGGCGAUAAUAAUCAACAACAACAACCAUUAAAUGAAGAGUUUGAUGUUGAUAAUUUUUUAAACCAGUUUGGUUCAUAG